UGUGACAUAGGCACCAGGUGCCAGGGAGAGCUAACCCCAAAGAAUGGAGUUCCUAGCUCCCCAGGGGGGCGGCAACGCCACCCCUUAGACAAAGUCCAGUCUUCUGGAAACUUUCACCAGCUGGCCCCACUGCUGCUGCUGGGUGUGCUGAGGGCCAGCCUGAGCCAGAGGACGUCGGCAGCAUUAGGGGUGACGAGGAGUCAGGGAAACCAGAGUGGCAGGAAAUCAGGAUGCUUGCAGAAUCCCUGAUUUAGGUUUAAGAGAGCAAAAGUCUGUAACAGAAGACCUCCUCCUGGCUGAAGGAGCACCAAGGGCAAGGCUCAGACAGAAAUCUAGGUUCCUCAUUGCUGAAGUGCCUUGUGAAACUCAGCCCAGAAGAACCCUCACUGGUCUACGGGCUGCGUCUUCCUCCCUUAGCCCACCCAAAUAGUUGCCGCUGUCCCUCAGCACCCAAGAGGCAGCUCUGAUUCUCCAUCCCUAUACAUCCCUCAUCAAUGGCUGACUGCAAAGUGAGAGGCCAAGUUUAGACCCAAGCUGCUGCCCAAACCCUCAGAAAGCCUAGUGCUGCGGGAUUGGGGGGUCUCCUUGUCCUGCCACCAACAGCCGCACCAACACUAGGCUGCAGCCACACUAGUGCACCGAAGGCCCUGAUUUCUCAACCAGGUCUGGCCUCAGAGAUACUGGUCCUAUUUCUGCCAGGUCACUCGUCUCUGGUCUUGAGGCCCCAAUCCCUUCUGAAUUCAAGGCAAUGUUGCCUCAAAACAAGGACCAGGUGCUGCUACAGAACACAGUACCCCCUGGGCACCCUCCUCUGCGCCCCUCGCCUCUUGUGGACUCACCACCCAGCAACCUACAGCCUCUGUCUCCCCAGCCACCACCCUCUCCCUCCCACCCCCCUUACUCCCCUCCCCCACAGUCCCACUCUCCUGGCUCCCAUUUCUACUCUUCUGACUCCAAUUCUGACUUUAUCCUACACCCUUACUCUUCCUCUCUCCCAAGCUCCCCCAGUUUCUUUCAUCAGAAUUACCUCUCUCUCUCCUUCCCACCCUCUUCCUCUGCCUCCCACCGGCUAUAUCCCUCCCCUGCUCUCACUCAUUCCUCCUCCCCCUCUCAGCUGCGGAACACCUCUCUUCCCCAGUCUCAUAGCCAGUCGGCUUCCCACCCAGGAGACUGCCCUAGCUCCUCUGUCACUUCCCGGACCCCCAGCCUACCUUCUGGUGGGGUCCACUUGAACAGGCAGACAUGGCCCUGGCAUCAGUACGGGGACACCGGGCCCCCUGGGGCAGUGGGGGAAUGCGUGGCAAGCGAGAGGGACCCUGCAGAGUUCAGGGACCCGGGGGCCCUGGCCCAGGCCCUCGUGGUCCAUCUGGGGCACCGCCGCAUUGCACACGACCUGCGGCUACUGCUUCUGCAGCGCCUGUGGCUAGGCAAAACUGGCCAGGCCCCAGUUGUAGAAUAUCCUAUAUGCCUGGUGUGUCUCAAGCCCCGCAGCCCUUCUUGCCCCAUCCCCAGGUACAGGACUGGACCCCGGCUGCUUGCCUUUCCCCAGCUACUGCCCUGUGCACAGGGCCAGGAAUCCGGACCACUCCGCAUAGGCAUUGGUUUUGGCCUCCGCCUGCCUCGGGGCCAGGCCAGGGCCUUGCAUCUGUUGCCAGAAAGAAGGCCAGAGGAAGCAAGGCCUCAGGGCGAGGCCACUCAGGCCCAUGGAUAUCAAACUUGGGCAUCCCAGGCUCCAGCAGCUCAAGCACCAGUGGCUCGGCCUCGGGUACGGGCAGAUCCAGCCCCUGGCACACAGUCCCAGACCGAGAGCCUCAGAUCUACAGGCCCUCGAUUUCCAAACUCUACAUGCUUUUCAGGGCCUCUACCUCAGGCACCCAAACAGGCCACUGUCUCCCUGAAGCGCAGGCCUUCCUCUGCCCCCAAGUGGCCUGCCUCUCCAGAACCCAUUCUCCAAAAGUCACCACCCUAGUUCCAGAGCCUAGGAGGCUACUUGGAGCGCCUCCUCUGAACCCUGCUGCCCCUACCCGGCCCCAGAUCUCGGGGAGCCCUCGAGACACCCUGAAGGGCUGGCUGGCAGGAGGUCAGGUGUGUUCUCCAGCCUUGAACCCUGGGAGCCCCUUAUGGAGUCUGCUCUCUCCUGGCUGAAGAGGAUGAAGGAUCCCUGAAACCCCAUUCAGCCUUCAUUGUAUCAAUAAAGCCUGACCCUGUAAAACU